AUGACUCAAGAGACGGAAAAGCUCCCAAACGACCUGGAAAAGGUUCAAGCAGGAAGGCAGACCUCGGCUGAAGCCCUGCGCAAGAAGACUGAAGAGGCGGAAAAGCUAACAAAGGACAUGAAAAAGGUUCAAGCAGAAAAGGACACCUUGAUCGAAGCCAUCUGCAAUCCCGGAGCACCACCUUCUCAGCAAAUUUGCGAACUUGAACAGCUCCAGGCGGAAGUGGGCUUGAUAAGGCAAAAUACAGUCGUACAAGAUGAAAUGUUUGACAUUCCGGAUGAGAUGUUCAAGUGGGACGAUGCGCCCCUGGCGCUAAUGAGCCAGUACGCUCUGUUGUGGUGCCUGGAAGCCUACAGGAGUGCUAGCCUGAUGAAUCUACUUGACGGAACGACGGACCCGAAGGAGGUUGCGAUCUGGUUGAACCUCUGGAAGCUUGUUGUAGAGAGCAGGACGCUAUACGUAGAGGAGCUUCCGGGAAAAAAAAACAAGAUGACGUUAAGGCCUGACCACAAGUCCUUGAUGGCCUCGAUUGGGAUCAAUCUCUGCAUUGGCCUGGAAGAUGAAGAUUCUUGGGGAAAGCAAGAAGCCUGUAAAUGGAAGAGACGCCAGGGAUGGACAUUGGGAGAAGUCCAGUUCUGCAGGGUACCAUUCUGGACUCAUAACAUCGUCUCUGCCAACGCUCCAUUCAUGAACCUGUUACCAAUUUGUCAGCUCUUCUGGAUCCCACAUUCAAGGCUCAGAGAGAAAGACGAAAUCUGGCCCCCCAAGAACGGUGCUGCUGCCAAUGUCAAGGCCAAGAUCACCACCGCCCUCAAGGUCAAACAAGCGGCCAAACAGAAUAAGAAGCGAGCGAUCCUGAAGAUAGAAGAACUCACAAUGAAAGGAUUAUGGCUUUGGCAGGAGGCCAAUGGUCUCAGCAAAGUCAAGCACAUUGAGAUGUUGAGUCCAAUCUUGAACCCACGCAAGCUUGACAACAUCAAACAGCAAUUGCGCUUUGAGGGAGAGACCAUGAUCAUGGCAGCAGAGAGGGGUGGUGUGACCAUAGAGUGGAUGAAUCUUUGA